GUAGAAAGAUAACUUUUGGCGAAUUUAAAAGGGAUACAAAAAGAUUUGCUGCUGGAUUGCACGAUAAAGCUGGAUUCAAACGAGGAGAUGUCUUGACAAUCAUUUCGCCUAACCAGGUUGAUUAUCCCAUUGUAAUAUUUGGUGCGAUCGCCGCGGGUGGUAAGGUGUCCACUGCGAAUCCAACAUACACCGCCCAUGAUCUGUCAUUCCAAUUUACCGACUCUGGAACUUCUAUAAUUAUCACCCAUCCUUUAUGCCUGUCUGCAACUAUUAAAGCUGCUGACGAAGCCCAGAUUCCUCAUUCCAAGAUAUUUUUAAUAAGUGAUAAUGAGGUCAAUGGAUUUCAACCAUAUUACACAUUAUUCGUCGAUCGAGAAUUCGAGCCCAUAGAGUACUCGCCGGAAGAGGCUAAGAACACCACCGCAUUUUUAUGUUAUAGUUCGGGCACUACUGGGAAAAAUAAAGGCGUCGAGAUCACUCACACCAAUAUAGUCGCAAACUUGAAGCAAAUAGUUUCAUUUGAGUUGGAGCUUGGCCCCAAAAAUAUUUUUAUGGGAGUAUUGCCAUUCUUCCAUAUUUACGGUUUAACCAUCCUGCUCCAUUUUGCUUUGAUCUUGGGUGGCACGACGGUAUCGAUUCCAAAGUUUGAAUUAGAAACAUUCUGCCGCGUAAUACAGGAUUAUAAGGUCAACUACGCUUACCUCGUGCCUCCAAUAAUUCUACUAUUGGUCAAAAAUCCAAUUGUUAAACAGUAUGACCUGUCGAGUUUGCAAAUGAUAGUCAGCUCAGCCGCUCCUCUUAGUAGAUCGUUGGCUGAUGAUAUGCUUAGCGUUCAUAAUAUUCCUGUCAAACAAGGAUAUG